AUGGCGUGCGCCGAUCUCAUUGGCACCAUGAGCAUGCUCAAUCGGCCGCGGAAGCCUCGCGCACCUCCGACCGGCUGGCAGAGAAGCAUGAGAUGGAGGUGGCUAAGGUCCGUGCAGAGUGGAAGAAGAAGCGGCAGGUGGGGAGAGAAAGGCUCGCACCUCAGCGAAGAUGAGCUUCAGGAGCUUCGUGAGUUGGACAAGAGCUAUCGAAAGCAGAUGACGGAGAUGCACGACUCGCACGACGAGCUUCAGGGUGCACAUCGCUCGGCACAUGAAGAGGCACGGAAGAAAUCGACGAGGAACAUCAAGGUCAUGGCCUUGGGAGCCUUGGACGCCCUGGCUCAAACAAUCCAACAUCGGCGGAAGAGAGGUGCUGAUGGGCCUGCGGUGGACAGUCCGAGCGUGUGCUUCCUGCAGUGGGCCUUCACUCAGAACCCAGAGGCGUGGUGUCCGCCACCGGCCGCUGAUUUGAAGCACGCGAUGGUGCUGGCAGAGCAGCCACCUGGCACACCGAUGAAGGGAGUUGAGGUCGGAGCCUCCGACUCCGAGGCGUUGAAUACCAGCGGAAAGGCCAAGGCAGCACCGCCCAAGAAGGAGGUGGUGAAGGAAGUGCCAAUCAGCACUAAGAAGAAAGUGGAGAAGCCUGCAGAACCGGAUCCUGCCCCAAAAACCAAGAAGGACUUGGAAGAGGAUCAGCGCAGAUAUGUGGAACAGUUAGAAGCUGAGAAACAACAGUUUUUCGCCUCCGAACAGGCUCGGAAGUUAGCUGGCAGCAAAGGUGUGGAUCAAGAAGUGACCUAUGUCGAAGACAAAGACACACGAAAGCCUAAAGCAGUCAGCGACAUCUCCGACUUCUGGAAGAAGGAGUUGGGCUUGCUGCCGUACAUGCCAACUGACAAUGUUCAGGAGGUUGAUUUGCCAGAGGAGCUUGAUCACUCCAUACGGCUUCUAUACCUUCAGAACUUGAAUGAGCAGCUCGAGAAGCUUCUGACCAUGCGUUUCCAUGUCUUUUGGAGCCAGUGCAUUUACGAUCCCGCCGUCAGUCGGCUGGUGGAUUCGUAUCUUAGGUAUUGCUUGCGUAGCCACGACCUAGUGGAAGGACAAGAGCCGGCUAUCUCGUUGGAGGAAAUGACCGCCUCCCGGGAUGUGAGCCGGAGAAUGUUUCAGCUGUUGCUGCGCCUGAGCCGACCGCAAGAAAGCCCACAUGAAUUCCUCUCCAAGGACAAGUUUGCACAGGUGAUCCACGAGCAUCAACUCUUUGACGUGCCGAAGAUCAUUGAUCUUUGUGUGAUCUAUGGUGAUGCGAACCGGAACACCGUGACGAAAAUCGUCCACUCGGUGUUCAAGCAUCAGCCCCUUUUCAAGGAGGAGUUUGCCUCCGUGGUCCAACACAUGUUGGAUGGCCUUCUGCAGUGUUGCGCCCCCUUACAACUGGCAGCGAAAGGCUCCAGCUCGGCUGGGCCAGAUGACUUGAGCGUGAUGGAGUGCAAAGCCUUCCUCCCGGACAUGCUCAGUUGCUUUAAUGCGAUUUUUUGCUUCUUCCCCGAGGAGUGUGUAGAAAAGCUGAUGGGCGGCAGCCUGAAGAUCGACAGCGCUGGGAACGACGCAGGAGUCCCCGCCUUGCCUUUAGCGGAUUUGAUGGUCAUUCUGCAUGAUGCUGUGAGCGCUCUCCGCGACAAAGACAGCAAUGGAAAAGCAGACAUGGACAGCAUCAUCAAGCUGCUGAGCCGGCUCUUGAGCUGUGUGCUAGGUUUCCGCAUGGCGCCGCGCCACGGCGCCGACGCCUUCGGCGAGCUGGUGGCCUGGGUCACCGAGCACGCCGAGAGGACACAGUUGAUCCAGGACUUGAGCAGGAAUGGUUUAGACAACGUGGCCAUGGAAUGGAUAGCUAGCGGCCUCGUGGAUGACACACAGCUAGACUAUCUGGAUGACCUUUGCGGAGCUCCCUUGCUGCCCAAGGAGGCACGGCACCGAAGAAGGCCCGUUGCGCCUGGCGCCGCCAAAGCAGCGCCGCGGGACGUCUCAGGGCCCUCGUCCUCGUCCUCGUCCUCCAACGACCGCGCGAAGAUCCGGGAGGUCCGCGAGGUCGUCGGCAGCGAGUAUGGCGAAGGAUUUAUUUUGCAGUGCCUGCUGCACUAUGGGGGCUCUGUCCCACAGGCAGUUGGUGGAAUUCUAGAUGGUUCACUGCCACCACAGAUCAAAGCAUUGCCCAUCGGCAUGUCCAUAGGAGCCGAAACGGCGGCCGCCGAGCAGCCCUCUCAAUCGAGUCUAUCAGCUGAAGACAAGCAGCUGAUCCUGAACCAGGCUGAUCGGAUCGAGGGCUCCGAUGUGGAGGUGGAGAAAUACAACGACGACUAUGACGACGAAGAGGCCGUGGGCAUGCCUCGCUUAGCUGCUGGUGCUGCUUCGGAUUGGGAGGACCGAAGCGAAGAGGAGGAGGAAGGAAGUAGUGAUGAAGGUCCUCAGUGGAGCAAUGACAGGAUGCGCGGCGGGCGUCUCAAGGGCAAGGGCAAAGGAAAGGCAAAGAGCUCUGGACCCACGCAAGGUCAGACCUUGCAGGCCCGGCGGAAGGAGGCCCACAAGGCACAGGUCGCGAACCACAACCGCCGAGACGCCGCCAUGCGCCCCUCGGCAAAAUGGCACGAGGCCUUUAAGCUGCCGAAAAGGCGCAUCAAAGAGAUCCGGGCGUCGGAGUCGCUGAGCCGUGCGACGGCUUGGGAGGCGGUGGAGUCAGCAGAGGUAGCGAAUCAGAGAGGAUACAGGCGCGCCCAGCUAGCGCUGGCGGUGCGCCAGCUCUUGAGCGCCAUGCGGCAGCUACCUGGUGCCGCUGCCCAGCUGCAUGCUGCAGUGGAGCUUCAGCGAGACGACGGCCACCGCGAUGGAGGAGAUGAGACCAAUCCCAAGCAGUUUGCCCUUGGAGCUCGCUUAAUGCGCCGGGCGCUGAUGCGAAUUCUCUGGAAGCAAGGGGCCUCCUUCUUCCAGCGACUGAUGGUCUUCAGGUCUGAGCUACGUGCCGUGCGCGCCGCGCAGGCCGACGGCAGCCCUUCCAAGCGGUCGGUGGGCGCGCUCGGCGUGGGGCCCAGUCAGGACAGGUCCCAGGCCAACAAGAUUGCGGCGCCCAAGCACAAGGCUCGCACCCAGCCAGCAAUGCUGGAAGAACAUGCAGCCCUCAAGAUCCAGUCUGCUGAGCGCGGGCGACGUGCCCGGAGGAGGGUGAAGCAGGUCGAGCAUUCUUUGUCUCCACCCGUGGCCACGGAGCGAGGCUCCAUCAAGGAUGUACCUCCACCAUCCCAUUUGCCGGACUUGCCUCCAGUGCCUCAAGAAGUACAAGAAGCCGCGGCCACUAAGAUCCAGUCCACUGUGCGCGGGCGCAAGGGCCGGCAGAUGGCACAGCAGCAGCGGCGGAAGGUCUUCUCGCGACGUUCAGCCUUGAAGCUGCAAGCCAAGGGGCCACAGGCCCCAGAGGUGAGGCCAUCUGUGACACAGGCCGCUGCAGUGCCUGUGGCGCAGAGGCCACGGCGCUCGGCAGAAGCCAAGCGCCUCCUGGACGCAUGGAGGUGGUGGCCGAAUCGGCAGGCCUCAUUGGGUCAUCUACCUCCUCCUCCUGAAGUGCAACAGUCUGCAGCCGUGACGAUCCAGCGCGCCACCCGCAACCAUCAAGGGCGGCGGGCUUUACAGGCUCAAGGCAAAGCCGCCCGGCAAAGCGAAGACUUCGACGAAGGAGAAGAGGCAGGUGAACGGCGCGACUCUGUGUUCAGCAAAGAAUGA